CGAACUUUCUUCACUUUCACUGGCGACAAUUACGAUUUGAAGUCGUUAUGAAGGAGAAAAUUUUUGGUUUUCUAGGUAAUUUUGCCAUUUGGGUUUUGUUUGAUAUAGGAAUUAUCUCUAUCCUUUGGAGUUUGGAUAUUGCUCUGGAUUUCGAGGCUAUUUGAUUCUGGGUUGUUGAAAAGAUUGAUGCUUGAUCGUAGAUACGAUUUGGUGGUUUUUUCCUGGGUUCUUCAUUUCUUGUUCAUAUUAUAGGGUAGAAAAAGUUUCAUUCAGCCGAAUUGAAGAUUUUCUAGUGGAGGAUGAAGAUGUCUGAUUCAAACCCUUUUGCUUCGGAAAAAUCCCUCUUUGAUAGAAUUUCCACCGGUUUGUUUGGUACCCAGUAUAAUUCUCCUCGUCGUCCUCUGAUAUUGAGGGCUUGAAUCCGUACUCCCUGGAAGAAGAUGAGUUUGUAGCCAAACUAAAGAGCUCUCAAAUCUUCGAACAAAAAGAAACCUUGGCUUCUCUACGGAAAAUGACCCGAACCCAGGAGGAAUUACGGGUCCAUCUCUGUACUCAUCGUCUUUUACCAACCAUCCGGCCGCUAAUCACCUCGAGAUACGCUUCCAUACAGGUGAAUACUAUCGUGUCGUUGGUUAAUCUAUUGUUAGAGAAUCAAGACAAGGUGAAGAUGGUCAGGUCAGGAAUCGUUCCCCCUUUAAUUGAUGUUCUAAAAGGAAGGUUGCCGGAAUCGCAGGACCACGCCGCCGGGGUGCUAUUUAGCCUGGUACUUGAGGAGCAGAACAAGACUGCACUUGGGGUUUUGGGCGCUUUGCCCCGGUUUGAAUUUGGUGGUGGCAGAGGAGGUGAGCGAGGUGGUGGUGGUGGCGGCGGCGGGGAUGGUUAGCCACCGUUGUUGUUUCCAUUAUUUGUUAUUAUUGGAGGAUGAAAAAAUCUUCAUAAAAAGAAAUUUAUUAAAUCUUAAUAAAAAGAAAUAAAAAAGACAAAAUAAUUUUUUUUGUUGGUCAAACUAGUGGGCCCCACUGUUCAAGAAAUUAAUAAAAAUUAAAGACUUAACGAUGAGAAAGUUGACCCGUUAAAGUUGA